GCCGAGCAGGUCCCGAGCUUCCGCCCUCGGCCGUUAGAUGGCAUCGGUCUAACCUCAAACGUUGCCCCGCUGAUUUGCUUUUCGCGAGGUUGUUUUUGUCAGUUUUGUUUGGCACGGGCGCUCGAUUCUCCGCGAGGAUUCCACUCCGUCGUUUUUCUCAACGCGUGGUUAAAACCCCGCCGUGUCUACCAAUUACUAAACUAUCGUUGCAUCGUUGUUUUGAAGUGUGCCGCCCAGAGUGGUUAACAUUGUGCUUCCCUCCUCGAAAACCCGGUGUUUCUGUAGCCUUCAAGGGCCGCCUUAACUUUAAUCACGUUCUGAUCGUGUCCUUACUUUGUACUUAAAACUUGCUUAUUGUGUUCCUUUCAAUCUACAUAGUGUUUUUAACUCUUCGAAUCGUGAAAUUCACUUCUCUGUUCGCUGAAUUUGGAAGUACACUGAUUACAUCAUCCACUGGAAACUGUGUUCUUAACGUUCAAAUUCUUGUUUACAAACGGUUUGGUGCUUUAUCCGCUCACUCGGUGAAAUUGAUACCUUGUUAAUUGUUGCGGAAAUUGUAUUAAUUUGUGGUGUGAUAAUAAUUCAGGCCCGGUGCCCGUAUCUAGUUCUUUAACCGCAUAUUAAUUUAAUUCAGUGUCAGAAAGAUACUUGUACCCACGUCGUUCUACUCAAACGGUGUGUUUCGGAUCAACAAUUGUUUGGUGUCUCGUGUAGUUUUCGUUCAAAAUCUGAUUCUCAUCAUAGAAUGAAUUCGGGAGCAAGUUAGUUGAAUUUGUGAAACUCAUACGGUCGACCCUCUCACCCUACUUUGGACAGUUUUUGAAUGGUUACGAAAAUAUCCAACCUGACGUCUGAAAAUGCAAUGGGCAUAGGUGAGGGUCGCGGGCGGAGCGGGAGUGGCGCGCGCGGUGGCGGCGAGAAAGGGGUAGCAGCUCCACGCAUGCGUGACGCCGACCAAUCCAAAGCGAGCAUCGUCAACGGCGGCGGCCCCGGCCCCGGACCCGGACUCAUGAUGGAGGUGUGGGCUUCGGUGGCGAGCUGGUUUUUUCGGCCGGAGAACAAUUUAAGUGUAGCGCCGUUGACGACAAGCGCCUCCUCUGGACCAGUCAACUCGGGCAUCUCCGCCAACAGCAGAUCAAGACUCUCCUCCAACGAAUCUCACUUCCCCCUCGCUCCGGCCAUUUGCACGUCGAUACGAUGCACAGUGCCGGGCUGCGCUUGUGAUUGUUUUACCCCUGGAAAACUCCACAUCAGAUAUUGUGAAACUUGUAAUCACGGCUGGGUUCCUCAUGCACUGGACAAGCUGGGAUUCCGGCACGUCCUGGGUGGGAGCCCGGUGGAGCCGGUGCAGGCGAACGUGGUGUUCGACAUCGCCUCGUUGGUGCUCUACGGGUGUCAGGCCCUCCCGAUCCGGCUCAAGAUCCUUCUCGACCGCCUCUUCAGCGUCCUCCACCGCGACCAGGUCACCCAAGUCCUCGCCGGCUUCGGAUGGUCCCAGGAAGACUACGCUCGCGGCUACAUCCUCCAGGAACCACAUGGAGCCGUACUAGACAAAUGGAACAUUUGUAGUCCUGAGGAAGAGCCCCUCGUCCUCCAGCAGUUCCUUCGUUUUGGUGAAACCCGUGCAAUAACACAACAACUACUCUUGCAUGGUGUAGCUGAGAUGCGACUCCCUAGGUUAGAAAAUGAUCUGAAGAAAAUCCUCGAAAAAACUAAUUCGCACACGGUCCCAACAUCAACGGGUUCGACGAACCGAUCGUCGCACAAAGAAGACCGUGUCACAAUCAAGCCAGUACAGUCCUUGCAACCGCCUCCCAGGUCAAGGACACCUCCUCUUCCACCCACAUCAGUACAUCAGAUUCCUACUUCGCGGACCUCCGCGCCCCCUGUUUCGCCAGCUCAUCAGAAAAACCCUCUCAACUACCUGAAACUCCCAGCAACUGGGUUAACGUGCACCCCAACAACAACAUCAAACGGUCCCCCCACUUCUCCGUCUAGCAAUAUCAGUAGUCCAAUUUCUGUGUCCCCAUUGAACAGACUACAAAACAUGCAACCCUUCGACUAUCGAAAAAUGGGUGUCAGUUUUCCAUCUAUGAAGUCCUCCCCAGAGCGGAGACGCUUGUCAGAUACAUCUGACACCAGUCCACCGGCUCUCAUGAAUUUGUGCGUUACUAGUCCUCAACCUAUGUGUUUACCCCCUCCUCCUCCCCCGGUUACGACGACCAGUUCUCUGGGACCCAUGUCCGGGCACAAAUCACCCUCCGGCGAUUUCUCAAGUCUAGCUGGAAGCAGCGAAUUCGGUUCCAAUGAUGAAGAUGACGACGAUUCGCAAAACGCACUCAAUCUCAGCCGCGACUCGCAAGCCAGGCAGCCACGCCAGCGACUAGGGCACUUCCGCAAAGGCUCGACCCCGAUGAAGCGUCGCUGGGACUCCUCCGAUCUACCUCUCAACCUAGGCACGCAACUCAUCAACCCCGCCACCGGGAAGAAACGGGUACAGUGUAACGUUUGUCUGAAAACUUUCUGCGACAAAGGCGCCCUGAAGAUACACUUCUCGGCAGUGCAUCUACGCGAAAUGCACAAGUGCACAGUUCAAGGCUGCAAUAUGAUGUUCAGUUCCCGUCGGUCAAGGAACAGGCAUUCGGCUAACCCGAACCCCAAGCUUCACUCUCCUAACCUACGCCGCAAGAUCUCGCCACAUGACGGCCGCUCCGCGCAGGCUCACCCCAUGCUGAUACCACCGUUAAACGCGGGGCUUAAUCCACUAUCUUUCGGUCCAUUCUCACUCCUCACCCCUCAGACUGACCCCCGCAAUGCGGCCUCAAUCCUAGAUUUCAAGCAAUCCCUCGACUUGAGGUUGAACAAACAAGAGAUGCCUAAAGGCGACAUGAACGACCCGGAGGGUUUCACCACGGAUGAUGACGAUGAAGAGGGUAUUGUCGUUGACGGAGGUGAAGAUGACUCUGAGGAAAUGGACUCAGAGCCUCACUCUGAAGACAAACCUGAAGAUAUGAAAAUUAAAAGGUGUAAACUCACCGACUCGGAAGCUGAUGAGAAUGAGAAUGUCAGUAAUAUCGAUAGCAACGAAGAUUCACUGAGCGUCGUCGACUCUUACAGCGUCAAAGAGGAGAACGGUGAGAAUCUAACGACCAAGUCCUCUCGGAAACGGAAAUCGCAGAACCCAACAAGGUGCACUGUUUCGAUGCAUUUGUCCGAUAAAGAGGAUCCCGUCUCGGAAGAAUCAAAUGAUAAUGUUUUUCCAUCGAACGUUUCCGAACAUAGUGAUCACCCAGAAUGGGACAAGACAGAGGACUUGAGUGUAAAACGCCCGAAGGACGAGCGUGAUCAAGAUAUCAAAGACAAUUACUUUAGGGAAUCCAUUAACAAUAACAUUGAAACGAAACACAGUAACGAGGAUAAGCACGAAGCUAACAGCCCAGCUACUGGUGAUGAGGAUGUUAGAGUGAAAGAAGAGAAAGAAAAUUGGACAGGAAGCUCCCAAACCGAGCCGAUAGCUUUGAAUAAAAAGGAUAGUUCAGGAAACGCUCAUGAUGAAGAAGGAGCUCAGCUUACAAAUUCUCGAGGUUUUAGUAAUGAUGUUGAUUUGCAAAGCCCCGCAGGAUCACCCGGGUCGUCCCUGUGCUCCGGAGACUCGGAUGAGUUCGGACAAGGCUCAGACGAUUUUGGAGACGUGCCGAUAGACAAGGAGAACCCGCGGAAAUGCACCGCUUGCGGUAAAGUUUUCCAAAAUCACUUCGGCGUCAAAACACACUACCAAAAUGUGCACCUUAAAUUGAUGCACAAGUGCACCGUUGAAGGAUGCAACGCUUCCUUCCCAUCGAAACGGAGUCGAGAUAGACACAGCACUAAUUUGAAUCUGCACAGGAAACUGCUAUCAACUUCAUCUGAUAAAAAUCCGUUCAUGUUAGAUCCAAGCUCUCCUUUUUCAUCUUUAGUAUCAAACCCUGCUCUCCCACACGAAUUUCUAGCGCGAAUUUACUCCGAUCCAAGUUUCCAAAGUCAGUUGCCUGUCGCUUUUGGCGGGAUAAACGGUGACUGUUUACCACCCCAUCCAGGUCUCCUUUUGCCUCGCAUACCUGGCUUCCCCGGUAUUCCCAGUCAUUUUUCCCAGAUUCCUGGCUUGAAUGGUAAAUCUGACCUCGUCUCGCCUACCUCUCCUCUUCCUCCCUUGUUCUACAAUGUCGAUGAAGAUAUUCCUAAGUCCGACAAUGAUGGCCUACUCCAAUGUAGGUUCUGUUCAUUCUCUUAUCCUGAUCGGACUUCCAUGAAAGAGCACUACGAGCAGCUUCACUUACUAGAAAUGUUCCGGUGCAAGGUGCCCGGAUGCUAUCAAGUGUUCAGCUCCAGAACGAAACGUAAUUUGCACUCUGCAAAUGAAAGCCUCCAUCACGGCAGAUCAAAUCAUAUGGCAUCAUGACCGUUUAUGCCUAUGUGGUGGUAAAACUGUGUGUACUCGCUUUAAGGCAAAAUGUCUUUUACAUCGAUAGUAAGUUGUCGUUGUGAAAACUACUGUGUGAAGCUAAGAGAGCAUGGCUAGAAGAAUGGCUCCCAUUUCCGGUAAAGUUGUUUUUUCCCACAAAAACGAGCCGUAAAACUUGGCACUUUAUCCACCUUUAAUAAAAACAACUAUGCAGUCCGAUAUCUGUAAGAUUCGCUCCAUGUUGUCUCUUGAAUGAAUUAUCCUUGUGUCAAAACUAUAAUACAAGUCAUUGCAGCAAAUAGAUGUAAUUGGCUCUUGUAUUUCAUGAAAGGAUCUUUAUCAGUCUCAUAAUUCUGUUUUUGAAACUCUUUCGUUUUCUCUGAUCAACUUUUCUUUAAGCCUAAAAACAAGUUGAAUGUAUGAUUAAAAAUGCCAAUGAGGCUAAAUUAGGUGGGUCACUGAUAUUUGGUGCUGCUGUUCUCGAUACCUCUUUAACAUUGACUGUAAUAUUUUAGGUUAGCGUACCGUUGUAGCACACGUACACUCAAGGAUGGCGAAGCAACUUUGUUGUUUUGUUAGUCAUUAAUUUUAAUUUUUUACUCUUAAUGUAAUUUUGUAAUUGGAAGAAAAAUCAAGUUUCAGCAUUGUCUGUUUAGGUUGUAGGUAAGGAAUUUAUAAUAUGAUUAAUCAAUGUGCCAAUGUACGAUAGUGUAAACCUACGUGUUUAAGUAGUAAAUUUAAUAGAUUAUUAAUCGUUCCUUACUCUCUUGCAACUAAGUUAUUUAAUAAGUCAUUAUCUCAUUUUUAUUUUUAAUUACACUGUGAUUUUAAGAAAUGUUUCCUUUUAUAAGUCUUUUGAAUGUACUUACUUACAUCAACAGGAUAAUGUAUUUAUUUGUAAAUGUUCAUUUCAUGUACAGCUUAUUAGAAUGUUUUAAGGACUCUCAUGACAAUUUAAUUUAUUGAUUUUGACUUCUUCAAUGUAAUCAUUUUUUGGUUGAAUAAAUCUAAGCAAGUCAGGUGCAAUGCUUAAUUUGUCUUUGAACAAUGUCAUCUGCCAAUGGACCUUUUUAACGAACCGGUGUACUUAAAUUUUUUCAAUUUAGUUGCGCGACAUUUAGUUUCAUUAGGAGUCUCUUCAACAUGCAUUUCUCAAUGUAAUCUAUGACACGUUAAGAAUACACAAUUCAAGAUCGUAGAGGGAUAAAAAUGUCUAAAUUUUGAACCAUUUUUACCUCAAUCGCCAGCCUGUGAAAUGAGUCGCAGCUCUUUGGUUGUGUUUUUACUAAGAUAUGCUGAUUUUAUAUUAUUUAGCAUUAAGUCUUCCAAUCUUCAUAUCCUCACUCAUUUUUUAAUGUCCUUUAUUUUGAAUAUAAGCUCUCGAGUUUAUUUCACAAGGCUUGGUAAGCUGAGAAGACUCAAUCAGUGUUUGAACUAUCGAAAUCAGACUUGAAACAAUAUGUUCCUUUUAUCGUAGCCUCCGAUCUCAUGGAACUGGGCUCGCCAAAAAGUUUUGGACGUUUGAAUUAUUAAUCGAUCUAUUUCUCAAAUUUGUUUGUACCGUCCUUCUUAAUGAAGAGAGCAGAUUUUCAUGAAAAACGUGUAUGUGAAAUCCCUCUGCGAUUGCUCUGGUAUUUCUCACAUUUAUAGACUUCUUUUUACUUGUUGUGAGUUAAAGGCGCCAAAAUUCUAUUCUCGUAAAUCAUAUUUUCCAUCAGAAUUUGACAAAUAAUACAAACUGUUCUUUUUUUAACAUGAACUCACUUUUUUCCCCUUUUUCCAUUUUUCUUGCUCUACAUAAUUUGUGCAAACUGUGAGAAUCAAUCUCAUGUAAAUGAACUUGAAUUCUUAGUCAAAAGUCUGUGUGUAAUACGAGUAUUAUUGUGAUCAACCAUUUACUUGCUGUUCUUGUAUCCCUCUUUCACGAAGAAUGAUGACAUUUUAAAUAAGCAAUACAAAGAAGUUGCUUUUUCAUGUGCAAUAAAAUUUCGAAUCUGUUAAGUUAAUGUAUCUAGAUUAAAACCUGUCUUUAAGCUCUUGGUGAUUUCUACCACAACCAAAUUUUGUAAAUAAUUAAUGGUACGAAUUGUCAUUUGUUUGAACUAUUAAAUCGUGUGCAAAAUUGUAUAUUUUUCCUGCCGUGCAGUAGAUCUGUGUUUUGAAAAUUUUCAGUACGAAAAAUUUUCGAUGACUUUUUAAUAAUGUAUUGUGAUAUAAAUUAUAGUUUCUGCCACUGAACACCAUUCAUCUGCUGUCAGUGAAAUGUAGAUUUUCCUUUGUCACUUGACUUAAGUUCCCAUCAAACAGCAAAAUGACAGCUAUCGCGGGUCCCAACUAUGCAUCUAUGAAAUAAACCGCACAAUAGAUCAAGACUGGAAAUGGAAAUAAACUAACAAAAAAACCAUCCGAGAAACUGAUUGUAUCCAAAUUACACACGCAUCAUUGUUAUUGAUUGUUAUUUUGUUCUAUCUAUUGUUAUUGUUAUUAUUACAAGAAAUAUCUGGCAUUCUGUAGUAGAGCACUCGGACCUAUAAACACUACGUAAUCGAACAAGAAGUUCCUCGUGUCUUUCACAAUUUACAAAUUCCAGACCACAGGGCCUAAAAAAGAGGGUUCGAUUUGGCAGCCCAGGAAUCCUUAAUUUCAGUCAGGAUUUGUUUUUCACUCACCAUAACUGAAUCGUAUGAUCAGUAUAAUUUAAUCUGGAGUAUCACCAUUUCCAUAGAUUGUUUUAUUCAAAGAGAGAAGAGCUUUCUUAGGGGUUUCAAAACUUUCCCGCUCAAAAAUUGCGGAUGAUUUUUUAGGCUCUAGGUAGUAUUCUCUAGAUCAUACUUCAAAUAAUACGUAUUUAAAGCAAAAUUUCUGAAAGAAUUCGUCAAGAUUAUUGAUUUGUGAAUGCAAUUUUUAGCUUUUUUUGCCAAGAAAGUGAUUUUUACUUCAAUAUUUAAAACAGACUACGAAUCAUAAAUGAUCUAAGUUUGGUUUAAUUACCUUUUUUCUGCACUCAUUGUCAGAUAGUGUAGCAACUUCGAUUGCGAUGAGUAGCGGUGAGCAUUUAUGAUAAAAACUCAGUUCGCUGCAGAAGUAGCACGGUAAUGAUAACAAUAAUUCAAGGAACUUACAUAGUCAGACAUGUAAUUUUUAAUCAAAAACUUUUACAUAUUUUAUUUUGUGAAUACAAUGAACUCAUAGUCUAUUCUGAAUGUUGAUAACUUUCGUUAGCAUUUUAAUUUAUAUUUGAUUAAAUUAAAGUGUAGUUAUACUCGUAGAAUAUUAAGUGUAUUUAUAAUACUUCACCGGUUGUAUAUAAUCCUAUGAUGUUGAUAUGUUGAGACUCAUCACAUCUUUUCAUUGUUUCUUUCUCCCCCUCGAUUUUCUCUGUUUCUCUUUCCUUAAUUUCUUUUUCUUUCUUAUUAUGAUAAAUAAAAUGUUUCAAUGUA